AUGAGUAACCUGAAAGACGUGUUACACAUCUCGUAUGAAUACCCCGUAGAGGGGGUGACAACGCGUGCGGAGAGGGAGGCGGAACAAUUGUUCAGGGAACAAUUCUUGGACGUCUGGGACGAUAGUCUGUUCCUGGCGGAACUAUUUGGCCUCCAGCCGUACGAGGAUCCUGAACCCGAAGAAUGGUGGUGUUAUGUAGAAAAUGUAAUUCCUCGAUACACUAAUCAACAAUUUCGGCAUCAUUUUCGAAUGAAACCUGAAAUUUUUGAAAUCCUCGAAAAUCGUUUAGGACCAUUGUUAUCUAAUUUUGAAGCCUUAGGACGUCCAGUCAUACCUGUACGUACACAACUUUUAUCAACAAUCUGGCUCCUCAGUACACCAGAUUCCUUCAGAUCGGUGAGUGAAAAAUUUGGCUUGAGCAAGUCUUCUCUGAAUGAUAAUGUGCGCCGUGUUGUUGAAACAUUGAAUAGUAUUGCAAAUGAAGUCAUUAGAUGGCCUACUGGUCCAAAAUUGACAGCUUCAAAAGAGACUUUUAUGUCUCUUGGAAGAUCUCUGCCUGGUGUGAUAGGAGCUAUCGAUGGUUCUUACAUAUUUAUAAAGCAACCGAAUAUUCAGGAAAUUGCUAUUCAUUAUAAGUGUAGGAAAUUGCAAUAUGCUGUGGUUCUUCAGGCAACUUGUGAUGCAAAUUUAGUCUUCAUUGAUUGUUUUGUGGGUUACCCUGGCUCAGUAGGAGAUUAUCGAAUUUUCCGUAACUCAGAUCUUUAUAAAGAAGUUUCUAGAGAUUCCUCUAUCUUUUUUCCUAACGGUGAAUUUAUUGUGGGUGACAAAGCAUAUCCUGUUUUGACUUGGUGUAUUCCUCCAUUUCGAGAUAAUGGACGUCUCACACAAGAGCAGAAGGUGUUUAAUAAAGUGAUAUCACAAAAGCGACAAAGUACAGAAAGAGGUUUUGCUCUUUUAAAAGGAAGAUUCAGACGAUUGAAAUUUCUUGACAUGUCUCGUCUGGAUUUAAUACCAUCUUUUAUUAUGGCAGCCUGUGUCCUUCAUAAUAUUUGCUUGGAAGGCAUGGAUGAUAAUAUGGAAGAAUUUAUAGAAGAAGGAAGAGAACCAGAAUAUGAGGAAGAAAAUGAUAAUAGAAAAGAUCAAGAGUACAAUGAUGAAGGGCAAGAAUUUGCUGAUGGUGAAGUCAAACGGAAUUAUUUAUGUCUUCAAGUUGCUGGAAGACAAUAA